AUGGAUUUUGCCUACGACCACAUCCAGGAGGAGAUCAUAGCUUCCAGCGAGCCAACGAAACAACAGGACGGCAGCGCCGCUGAGAACGGCAAUCUCAAUCUGGGCGCCGAAUUCGAAGAGACCUUUCGCGCGUUUUCCAAUAGCCCCUGGGGCACCAAGAUCGGUGGGCUAUGGAGCAAUGUCCGUAAACAGGGCGAGAGUUACUACGAGGGUGCCCGCCAGGAGUACGCUGCUGUCAGCGAGGAGGCUACCAAGGGCUUCACUGAUCUACGUGAAAGCAUUGUCGGGCGCACUCGUGGGCUCUCGCUGGGAGGGGCGCUGUCGUCUAUCACCACCGCCAAGGACGGCGAUGAUGAUGCGCCCACCCCGACAACAGCAACAAAAGAAGGCGAUGGUGAUGCAAGAGAGGACACAACAACAGAAACAGAGGAGGGGGAAGGGUUCAUCUCACGGUUCCGUACCGAGGCUGCUAAGAGGUUGAAAGAGCUGGAGAAGGCCGAAGAUGCGGCGGACGAGGCGCUGAUUCGGUUUGGUACGAAUGUUCGCAAUUUCCUGCGCGACGCCGUGAGUGUCGCGCCGCCGGAGGAAGGUUCCGAUAAGAUUUUAUUCGAAAGCAAAGAUGCAGAGGGCAAGCGAGUCUUCCACGCCACCCGUUUCGAGGCACAGUUGCAUGUGAUCCAUACGAACCUGGAGACUCUGAAGAAAGACCCGGAAAGCGAGCAGUGGACUGCUUUUAAGAAUGAUUUCAAUGUGGAUUCACAGACAGAUGAUAUUACUAAGGAUUUAGAGAAGUACCCCGAGCUGCGGAGAGCGAUGGAGAAGCUCGUCCCGGAGUCUGUUGAAUACGCCGAGUUUUGGGCCCGUUAUUAUUUCCUGCGACUCGCGGUCGAGACAGAGGAGCAGAAGCGCAGGGAGUUACUGAAGGGCGCCAAUACAGCCGCCGAUGAAGAGGAAGUUGGCUGGGACGAAGACUCUGACUCCGAGUCCGAAAACCCUUCCACCCCUCAAGUGAAAACCAACAAGCAAGGCACAGCAUCUUCACAGCAUUUGACCGUUACCAACGAGCCUACGACGAAAUCCAGCGAGCCUCGUAAUUCCAACGACCAACACUCCCAACCAGACAGCGAGUCGAGCUAUGACCUCGUCAGCGGCGCUACGAGCCAGACGCCUGCCAGUCCGCGCGAAAAGGUGUCUUCCAAGGCUGAAGAUAGCGACGAGGAUUGGGAAUAA